AUGGACAUCUCUUUAGCCCUUGAAGUUCUUCGGAAUGCGCCACCUGAAGCCUUGCAAAAUCACAGACAAGAAGCUAUUGAAGCGUUUCGAGAUAUUGAAGCGCGACUAAAUGAGCUUGAUUUCCCAGAGUCAGAUUCAUCUAUCCCAGCUUUCACAGCGAUUGCCAAUGGAUCUGGUAGUCAUGAAGCCGGGAGGGCCGCCUCCACUCAACUACCAUCUUCAGUCGAGCAGCCCACCUUAACUGUUCAAGACAAAAGCAAACCAAGUCAUUCGAUGAAUCUUCUCACUACCUUAAAUAAAACUGCUUCCUGGGUGUGGAAAUCUACGAAGCGUCGACCAAACGAGGUUCUGGGUAUCAAACGCCCUCGAUUUUGCGAUAGAAGGAUUGCCGAUGUUCGCAGGAUUGAGGGUUCUUCCCAGGCCGAACCUAAAUACAAAUUAUUGAGAGUCCUCGCUCAGCGAUCUCUGGUUCUUCAAGGUGAGAAGGCCGGGUACUUGGAUGUCGAAAAUUAUUGCAAAGUGGCCUCUUCAAGGGGAAAGGACAAGGCCAAGAGAGGGCGUGGGGGGACGAUCGCCGAAUAUGUGAGAGAAGAACUUGAAAUUGAGAAGGAAGACCAAGUCUUAGCUAUCCAAGCAAUUUCAGGUGGCAUCAAACAAUUAGUUACGGAACGACUGCUUAGAGAAAGGCUUGAAGAGACAGGGCAAUACGGGAGUGCAUCGGGAAUUUCUGCCUUCACAGCUCUUGCCGUCAGGCCGUUCCGAUAUCUGAAGCACGAAGAGAUCCCAGAGUUCUUGGAUCGCCUCCUGGAGUCUGAUUCAAUGAAUCUGUCUGCAUUGGUGGACGAACCAAGGAUGGAGCAUUCUUUACCAGUUUCAAUCAAAGAAGUUAUUCAAAAGUCUUCAGAAUGGCUGGAUGAAAUGCAGGUAUAUUAUAAUACACUUCUCGAUAUUCGGGAUGACUUCGACGAACAACAAUUAAACGAGCGGACACGUAAACGCCCCAAAUCUUCUGUUGAUGGCCUUGCGACCCGCUCCACGGAAUCACAAUCAUUUUCGGAUCGGCUGAGUGUUAUAGAACCGUCUUCACCUGACUCUGAUGAAACUCAAAGUCACCCACCCAACAGUCCACAAAAGAGUCCAGAUUCGUUCAACAGGGUGCUUGAACAGCCUGGGUCAAAUUUUUCUGAGUCUCCUUCAAGCAUCGGCCUGGAGAGUUCUCUACUUCAAGACCGAUUGGAAAGCAGCAACUCAAGCCGGCUCGGUGGUAUCAGCAAUCCUGACCACGAACAGACAUCGGCCGGCAUGAUAAAUAUGGUUGAUGUACAGGAUAUGAUGCAACCAAUUCUGCCAAUCCCAGCGCAGGUCUGUCGCCUACCUUCAAAUGGGGAUCCGCCUCAGGCUGGUGUCGCUCCCGUGAUCAACGUUCCUGAGAUGGCACAAGCCGUAUCGUCACAGGGAGAGCAGCAACAAAUGCAAACGACCGGAAUGGUCAACAUUUAUGACAUGGUCCAGCCAAUUUUGCCACAGAUAUGUACAUCACUCGGAGAGCAGCAACAAAUGCAGACGACCGGAAUGGUCAAUGUUUAUGACAUGGUCCAGCCAAUUUUGCCACAGACAUAUAUAUCACUCGGAGAGCAGCAACAAAUGCAGACGACCGGAAUGGUUAAUGCUUAUGACAUGAUCCAGCAAAUAUUGCCGGCCCAGAAUCUCGAGUCCUUCGAAAAUACCAACAUAGUCAACAUAUACGACAUGCUUCAACAAAUCCCGCCAGCGCAGGCUUCUGCAUUAGCUGAGGAGCAAUGUCGAAGUGAAACCAAUAUGACGAGAUUUCACGACAUUUGUCAACCAAUAUCCACAGCAGGAUUUGUUCAUCCAUCAAAUACGCAACUUCAUUAUCCGUUCCAAUCAACACCGGCUGUGGAAAGACAGAAUCCGAUAAUACAUGGUCCUCUUGCUAUGCAACUGGAGAAACAUAACCACAAUAUGGCUACUCCACAUAGCCCGAUCAUACUGCCAGUCUCCGCAGUGUAA